UCUCUCCUACUCAAAGCCGGAGGAGGUGGGGGCAGGAGGGGGGAGACUAAUGUGAAAGAGGAAGGAGACUAUGAAUAUUGACUAGCCAGCGUGCCCUGCCCUCUCCCCACCAGGCAAGAGGUCCUCCUCAAAACAGCAGCGACCGAUCUGGCUGCAGAAGCUGCCUAAGAGGGCAGGCACCAUGUGAAUGGUGGCAGUUCACAAGAGAGGAGACAGGAGCAGCCAGCACCCGGCCCAGCUCGCCUAGGGAGGGAAGCCCAGAACCAGCCAGCUUGAAUCGCCGGGACCCUUUGGGACUGCCUUCUGGGGGUGACUUGCCAAGGAUCCCCACCGGGCAGCCUUGAGCCUUUCCUAAGGUGCCAAGCGGACAUUCUCAGAGAACCAUGGACGGGUUAGGAAAUAUGACAAGACCUGGAUACAACUCCAGCUGCCUCUCCACUAUCGAUGACUUCCGCAACCAAGUGUACUCCACCGUGUACUCAAUGAUCUCUGUCAUCGGCUUCUUCGGCAAUGGCUUUGUGCUCUAUGUCCUCAUCAGGACCUACCAUGAGAAAUCAGCCUUCCAAGUAUACAUGGUGAACCUAGCUGUGGCCGACCUACUCUGUGUGUGUACGCUGCCUUUUCGGGUAGUUUAUUAUGUUCACCGAGGCAUCUGGUUCUUAGGGGACUUCUUGUGUCGCCUCAGUACCUAUGCUUUGUAUGUCAACCUCUAUUGUAGUAUCUUCUUUAUGACUGCCAUGAGCUUUUUCCGUUGUGUGGCCAUAGUAUUCCCCGUCCAAAACAUCAACUUGGUGACCCAGAAAAAAGCCAGGGUUGUGAGUGCAGCCAUUUGGAUUUUUGUUAUCCUGACCAGCUCACCCUUUUUUCUCAUGAGCAAAACCUAUAAAGAAGGGAAUAAUACCAAGUGCUUUGAGCCCCCACAAGACCCAAAGGGUAAGAAAACAGUGAUGGCCUUGCACUAUGUCUCAUUGUUCUUUGGCUUCAUCAUUCCAUUUGUUACCAUAAUUGUCUGUUACACCAUGAUCAUCUUGACCUUAUUAAAGAAUUCAAUGAAGAAGAAUCUGUCAAGUCGUAAGAAGGCUGUAGGAAUGAUCAUUGUCGUAACAGCCGCCUUCUUGAUCAGUUUCAUGCCCUAUCACAUUCAACGCACAAUCCACCUUCACUUUUUGAACAGUGAAAAUAUAACCUGUGAGUCUGUCCUUGCCAUGCAGAAGUCAGUGGUCAUAACCUUGUCUCUGGCAGCAUCAAAUUGUUGCUUUGACCCACUCCUCUAUUUCUUUUCAGGGGGUAACUUCAGGCAGAGGCUGUCCACAUUUAGAAAGCAUUCUCUGUCUAGCAUGACCUAUGUACCUAAGAAGAAGACCUCCUUCCAAGAAAAGGUGGAUGAAUUAUGCAAAGAAUAGGGUCACCCCCAAGUAGAAAGCUCUCUUAUGUCAAUGAGAGCAGUUAAUCAAAUAAUUACUUGCUAUAAUCAAAUAGAUAGAUGAUAGAUGAUAGGUAGAUAGAUAGAUAGAUUUAAAUGUUGCAAAAUAGAAACAUCUGGAUAUUUUUGCCUGCAAAAUUUGCUUGAUUUCUACAUCCAUGUUAUCAUCCAUGUUGACUCCUAAGCGGACAAAAUUAAGUUCACAGCAAAAACUACAUUCUGUAUAGCAUUGUUUCUGUUUGUGCCCAUACUUUACAAAUGAGCCUUAGUCUAAAAAGUAUAAUAAAUAAAUCUACUUCAGAUGGUGGCUUUGCAUAAGGCAGAGAUUUGGCUCUCAGUACCUUGGGUUGGCACUUAACACUCAGCUACCAUCCCAGUAUUCACCUUUGCAAGAAGCCCCUUGGAUAAUGACAGCAGAAAGAACCUCAUGAACUUUGUUUCAUUGGUAAGAGCUCUGACAAGGGACAUUGAGUUCAGAGAGUAACUCCGUGGUCCAGAGAGAACGUACAAGGGCCAGAGUUGUAUAAGAUAUAGCAAUGGAUGUUCCCAACACGUGGCCCCUUACAGGGAGACAAUUGUAGCCUGAGGGAGCUUUCUCUGGUCAAAGGCCAAAUCUCUUUUUGUCAAAGUAUGUACUAUUCCUCCCUCCCUCCCCCUUCUUCUUCAUAUUCUUCUUCUUCUUCUUCUUCUUCUUCUUCUUCUUCUUCUUCUUCUUCUUCUCCUCUCUCU